CAUUAUCAAGAAAAGCAGCUGGAAUCGCUAGCGUGGCAUUUGCGAAACGUCAAGUAGAGAAAACAUAUUCCGCAAUUGUGAGAGGAUGGAUGAAAGAAGAUAAUUAUGUAGUAGACCAAUCAAUUGCCCAAGUUCCAAAUAAUCGAUAUCGAAUGUGUAUCGGAACGCCUGAAAAUCCUGGGAAGCCCGCAAAAACGAAACUUGAAGUUAUCCGCCGUGGAUAUUUUUAUUCUACUUCAUCUCCGUCUGUUCCUUCAGGAUCAUCAAUUAAAGUAACUUUAAUAAAUCUCUACCCAAUUACAGGUCGAAGACAUCAACUGCGAUUACAUUGUCAAUAUUUGGGUCACCCAAUUGUUGGUGAUUGGCAUUAUGAAUCGCAAAUUAUGGAAUAUACUGAUACUUUUCGUAUGAUGUUGCAUGCUCUCAAAUUGCGUAUUCCACUAAACAUUGUACAAAAUAUAAAAAUGAAACAUACGAAAAAUAUGGAUGUAAACGUUAAGGAUGAUGAUAAUUUGGAAGAUUUGCAUGAACUUGAUGUUGUAUCCGAAGAUCCAUUUCCGGGAUUAGUUUACGAUUGUGCAAAGAAUGAAACAUGA